AGGUGCCAUACAUGCGUCACAUCUGUUGCUUCUUCCAUCAUAUAUACGAAAUUGUUUAUACAACUUUUAUAUACCAUCAUGAAACACAACGGAGAUCGUUAGCAUAAAAUCCAUUGAAUGAUGAUGGUGGUGUUUCCUAUAUUUGCAGUCGAGAAAAAGCAUCGGUGUUCUUUCAGUGUACUGUGUACGACAUAUACACAUAAUAUACGAAUGGAAAAGGAAAUAUAAAAUUGCUUUAGUUUGUCGUUAAAAUGCUAUUUUAUAUAAUACGCAAAAUGUCAAAGUUUUGAGAGUUAGUUAAAUAUUUGUUGACUCGUUGUAAGUGUCUAUACGACUUUCGUUGAAGAGUUAUGUGGUGCGGGAAUGAUGAUAACUAUAUGCCAAUUUUCAUUUGAAUAAUUGAUGAUGGGAAAUGAAUCGAAUUACAUCCGAAAAGUCGAUCCAAUAUUCGUGCAUCGGUUAAGAUAAGCAAAUUGUUGGUUUUUGAGUGUGUUUGAAUUUGGAAAAUUUUCAAAUUAAAUAAUAAAAAUUCGAUAAAUGAUAAAUUUCAAACGGAGAAAGAAACGAUAAAUAGUUGCAAGCACACUGAACCAUAUCGAUCGGUAAACGAGAAAGUGAAACCAUUAAAAUUCCAUAAACAUUAAUUAAUUAAAUUUAAUCGAUUUUUAUUUGUGAUUAAUUGAGUGCUAUAUCAAUAAUAUGUCAGUAUUAAUUCAAAAGAAAUCAUUUAUCAAAUAGUGAACGCUUGGUGUAGUGUUAUAAACAGUAUAUGGUGUCAUAAUAUUUAUGUUGAACAUUUUUUUUUUGAUUUACAUACCUUUAUACAUACAUAAUAUAUAUCAUCACUGUACAUAUAAUUUUUAAACAUCAAUGUUGCUGUGAAUUUUUUUAUGAUAAAAUAUCGUUAUUUAUGUUAUUUUUAUACAAAUUUUAUUAAAAUAUACACACAGAAAGAAAACUUUUCGCUUUACAAUCUCCUAUCAUCACUUGGACAACUAAAGAAAGUUCACAAGAAAUUUUUUUAAGACGGGAAAAAAAGAACUCACAUCCUAAUCAACAUGCUGCCUACAAACGUGAUGUCUUUCAUGAAAAAGAUGGUUGCUCCGGAAGACGCGCCAGCUCAACACACUCCAGACAAUACGGGAACGUUUGGUAAAUUAAAGCAGACAUUAUCGUCGUCAUUGCUGACGGCUCAAGACAAAGUAACAAAAAUGUCACCCCGACCAUCACUCGUCCCGGACAUAACAUCCGACACAACAACGGCAACAACAACAAAUGAAUCAUUAACAGUACAUGCACAGCAGCAGCAAACUAAUCAAAACAGUGCUCAAAAAGUUGAUCCAGCUAAGCCGCCGAGCCGAGCUGGUGCAUGUCGGGUCUGCCUAAAAUCGUUUAAACCGGACGAUUAUAGUAAAACAUGUAUUGAAUGUGAACAGCGCGUUUGUGAAGAUUGUGCUACUAGCUAUGCGGAAUUUGAGGAUCCGAAAACAUGGAGAUGCAGUGUUUGUAAACGAAAAAUGGCCUCACGAGUCUGUAUACCACAAGACUCAACGGAUUCUAUGUUAGAUGUUCCUGUCCUAGAAGCAUUACAACGCCGUCACUCUGAUGUUAAAUUAGGUUCUAGCGUACAAUUGUCAACUGGCAAUGGGUUAGGACUAGCACCACCGCGGAGUCCAGAACUAAGACGUCACUCUGAUGUAUCACCGGCCUCUUUAAAAGAAUUAGAAAAACUCAAAGGAACGAAAACGCCAAAUGAUGAAUGGGGAAAAGGUCGGAGUACGGCUCCGAGCAGAUCUUCCAGUCCACCGAGAAGAGGUGAUUUUGAUAUACCUCCGAUUCGAAUAGGAUCUAGACGACAAUCACGUGUAGCUAGACAACAUAGUUAUGAUGAUGAAAUUAAAAUUGCUGGACCUGGGGGAGGUUCACAAACAGAUUUAGGCCUAGGAAUUCCAUCAAUACCAAGAAGGGCAUCUGCGUAUGAUGUUUUUGCACCCGGAAUUUUGGCUGCAGCCGCACAAGCUGCAGCUCAGGCAGGCGGAGCACCUCCUUCACGAAGAGCAUCGUUUCGUAUUGCUGCUACCGACGAUAUGCCACAGAAUGACAAUUCUCCCAGUCCGGAUAAUGGAAGUCCAGUUUUAAUGGUUGAAGAAGACAGACGAAUGAGAAGAAGAGGAUCUCAACUACCUGAUAUUGCUGCACUAAGAGAUAGAGGCGCAAUACCAACAAGUAUUAAUUUAACACCGACGCCAUUUCAACCACCAGCUUUGGAGGAUUUGGAAGCGCCUCGACGUCAAACAUCAAUGGAUGGUGAAGCUAUUAAAAUAGUCAUCCAUGAUGUUGACUCUGGACCGAUAUGUGCAUCUAAACGACGAGUGGUACUAAGACGUGAUCCUACCGAUAAGGCACACAGAA